AUGUCCAACCCCAAACCUAGAGGAGAGGCUUGGAAAAACCCCGAAGAUGUAUCGUUGUGCAUGGCGGUGGUCGCGGUUGGUGAAGAUGGUGACAAAGCUACCAGUCAAGAGAAGAAAAAUUUAUGGGAUCGUAUAUGGGAAGUGUAUGAAGCUUGCAAGCCACCCAGUUCCGUUAUUAGAUCGGGAGGAGGGUGUGAAGCUCGUUGGAGAAAGAUUAGGCCGGGUUGCACAAGGUGGCGUGAAGCUCUUACCAAAGCGGAGGCCGCUCACGCAAGUGGUGAAAAUGCCACCGACUUGGAAGUGCAAGCUAGGUCGAUAUAUCGUACAUUGUCUUUGGGGGAGGAGUUUAAAUUUGCGCAUUGUUGGUCAAUAUUAAAGGAUACAGAAAAGUUUAGCAAACCUCCGUCUUUGGAUGAGGAAAUCUCUAGUGGUCCGUCACCUAUUGACUUGUCCGGAGAAGAUACACCUAUUGAGGGAACCCCAAGCCCUUCAAAUGUGCAUGCACGCCCUCCAGGCCAAAAAGCUCAAAGGGCUGCUAAGAAAAAAUGCAAGCAAGAUGACACAUCUCAACUCUUAGCUCAAAUGAAAAGAAUUGCGGACCAAGGAGAUCGUGAUCUCAAACACAGACUACAACUUAGGGAGGAGACUAGACUUGCACAAGAACGUGCGGAUGAUGCAGCCACAAUGGCGGUGGAUCCAUCAAAAUUUCCCGCCCCAAUUAGGGCUUAUUGGGAAAGGAAGCAAGCUAUGGUUAUUGAGAGGGAGGAACAAGCUUACAAUGCCGGAUUACACCAACCACUUGCUUCAUCUGAAGGAGGUAUUCCAUUUCUUCACUCUACCCUUAUCGCUGCUUUGUUUCAUUCUCAACCCACAAGCAUAUCUAGAGAAAACCAUCGACCCUUGCCUAGAGUGAGUAAUGUUGAGGAUGCCCUGAAGGUGUUCGACGAAAUGCUUCAGAGACGUCCUCUGCCGUCUGUUGUCCGUUUCACUCAGAUAUUGGCUCCUCUUGUCAAACUCAAGCACUAUGCAACAGUCCUCUCUUUGAAUUCACAAAUGCUUCUCUCUGGAAUCGCUUCUAAUUCUUAUACUCUUUCCAUUGUCAUCAACUGCUACUGUUGUUUGAACCGACUGGACUAUGCCUUGUCUGUCUUGGCCCACUUCUUCAAAUUGGGUCUUCAACCAGAUGUUGCAACCUUCAACACUCUCAUCCACGGCUUUGUUCUCCAAAAUCGAGUGGCUGAUGCAGCGCGACUUUUCAGCAAAAUGGUGGUGGGAGGUCAUUGCCAGCCGAAUGUAGUUGCUUUCAACACACUAAUCAAGGGCUUUUGCGCAAUGAGAAACAACACUACGGCUAUUCACUUACUGCGCAAGAUGGAAGCAAAUGGAUGCCAGCCUGACAGAGUGACGUAUAGCACCAUCAUAGACAGUCUCAGCAAGGAUACACUGGUUGAUGAAGCAAAGAACCUCUUCUCUGAAAUGAUUGGUAGAGGGAUUGCUCCCAACGUUGUUACUUACACCUCAUUGAUUCAAGGAGUCUGCAAUAUUGGGAGGCGGAAAGAAGCUUGGAGGUUGUUGAAUGAAAUGGCGAGUCAAGGUAUCUUUCCAAGUACUAUCACCUUCAAUAUCCUGGUUGAUGGCCUUUGUAAGGAAGGGAGGGUUGCGCAAGCCAAAAUUAUGGUUCAGAUUAUGAUUCAAAGAGGAGUUGAGCCUGACACAAUCACAUACAGUUCCCUUAUUUAUGGUCACUGUUUGCGAGGAGAAAUGGACGAGGCGAAACAAGUUUUUGAUCUAAUGGUUGCCAAGGGCUCCAUGGUUAAUGUUCAUAGCUGUCGUAUAUUGAUUAACGGAUAUUGCAAGCAGAAAAAGAUUCAUGAGGCAAAAGAAGUUUUCGACGAAAUGCUUCUUAGAGGACUUGUUCCUGAUACCGUUAUUUAUAGCACUCUAAUUGAUGGUUUUUAUAAAGCGGGGAGACAACAAGAGGCAGAAAAGUUGUUCUCUGAUAUGCAAGCUUCUGACCAACUUCCAAGUAUUCAAACUUAUAAUGUUAUACUUGAUGGCCUCUGUAACAACCAACAGCUUUCUAAGGCAAUUUAAUUGCUUAGAGAGAUGGAAGGGAACAAGUUGAAAGCAGAUAUUGUAGCUUACAGUAUUAUCAUUGAAGCUUUGUUCAAAGCUGGGAAAAUUGACUCUGCAACAGACGUCUUCUCUGGUUUGUCAUCGAAAGGAGUAUUGCCUGAUGUAUGGACAUACAGUAUAAUGAUCAAGGGACUUUGUGAUGGUGGCAUCUUUGUUGAAGCAGAAAAGUUGUUUAGAGAAAUGGAGCAAAAAGGCUGUUCU